AUGCCAAUUACUUCUUACAACAACCCAAGAUUUGAACUCUUAUACUCAACUCUAAACCCAUUUCAUCUUUACCAAAUCCAAGCUCAAUUGAUUACUUGUGGCCUUUUCUCCUUAUGGUCUCCUAGACUGCUCAAACAUUUUGCAGAUUUUGGUGAUAUUGAUUACACUAUUUUCAUUUUCAAAUUUAUUGCUUCUCCGGGUACUUUUGUUGUAAAUAAUGUUGUUAAAGCGUAUUCGCUUAGUUCUGAGCCGAACAAGGCUCUUGUUUUCUAUUUUGAGAUGUUAAAGAGUGGGUUUUGUCCAAAUAGUUACACUUUUGUUUCGCUUUUUGGGUGUUGUGCUAAAGUCGGAUGUGCUAAAUUAGGAAAAAAGUAUCAUGGGCAAGCUGUGAAAAAUGGGGUUGAUAGGAUAUUGCCAGUAGAGAAUUCAUUGAUCCAUUGUUAUGGCUGUUGUGGGGAUAUGGGGUUAGCUAAGAAGGUGUUUGAUGAAAUGUCGCAUAGAGAUUUGGUGUCGUGGAAUUCGAUUAUUGAUGGGUAUGCUACUCUUGGUGAGUUGGGUAUUGCUCAUGGAUUGUUUGAGGUAAUGCCUGAGAGAAAUGUGGUUUCUUGGAACAUCCUGAUAAGUGGGUACUUGAAGGGUAAUAAUCCCGGUUGCGUGCUAAUGCUGUUUAGGAAAAUGAUGAAUGAUGGGAUGAGAGGUAACGAUUCGACUAUAGUCAGCGUGCUUAGUGCUUGUGGUAGGUCAGCUAGAUUGAGGGAAGGACGUUCAGUUCAUGGGUUUAUUGUUAAGAAGUUUUCGAGUAUGAAUGUAAUUCAUGAGACUACAUUGAUAGAUAUGUAUAAUAGAUGCCAUAAGGUUGAAAUGGCACGGAGAAUUUUUGAUAAAGUGGUAAGGAGGAAUUUGGGGUGCUGGAAUGCAAUGAUUUUGGGGCAUUGCCUUCAUGGGAAUCCAGAUGAUGGACUUGAGUUAUUUAAAGAUAUGGUUGAUCGGGCAGGGUUGGGGAAACGUGACUCUGUCCAUCCAGAUGAAGUUACUUUCAUAGGGGUGCUGUGUGCUUGUGCUCGAGCUGGACUGUUGACUGAGGGAAAGAAUUUUUUCAGCCAAAUGAUUUACAACCACGGUCUAAAGCCAAAUUUUGCACAUUUUUGGUGUAUGGCUAAUCUUUAUGCUCGUGCUGGACUAAUUCAAGAGGCAGAGGAUAUAUUAAGAACCACACAGGAGGAGGAGGAGGAUAUGCCAUUAGAAUCCUUGGUAUGGGCUAAUUUGCUCAAUUCGUGUCGUUUCCAAGGAAAUGUGGCUUUGGGGGAAAGAAUUGCGAACUCAUUGAUCGAUAUGGAACCUUGGAAUAUUUUGCAUUACCGGCUGCUACUGAAUGUUUAUGCUGUGGGAGGUCGAUGGGAUGAUGUUGCUAUGGUAAAAGACCUGGUGAAAACAAAGAUGAAGGGCAGAACGCCAGGAUGUAAUCUUGUGGACUUGAAAGAAAUUGUUCACAACUACGAAGUUGGACGCCUUUUGCCAGAGAGGAUUGGUGAACUCAACACACAGUUGAUGAAAUGGCCGUGA